UCCGAAAACAUGGAAUACAACAUUCCACGCAUCCAAACAGGCUUCCAGAUAUUACUCCCCCGCCAUGGAUGACAACAACAACAGAACCACAAAAACAAAGAGAAAAGAGGCAUUUUCAAUUUUUUUUUUUUUUUCAUGUCCUUAACAUAUUUGUAGCCGUUAAACCGCUAAAACCCCAGGAAAAAAAAAAGUUCAAAAUUUUCGUCAUUUUAUCAUCUGGGUCUGCUCAAUUCCACCAUUCUUAUCUCAUCUUUGCAAUUUUCAUGAAUAAAGAUUUGUAUAUUCUGUGAUGGCUCUUGUUCCCAGUCGCCAAUUCUACCCAACAAGCUUCUUCGACUCACUCCACGGCACUCAUAUCAAGUUCUUCAGGUACGGUUCGUCCAUUACCUUUAGAAAGCACCGUCUAUAUUCGACCAAGUAUAGUUCUGUAAACUCUAGCUCAAGCUCUGAACAGAACCCAGGAGGGAAAUAUAACAAAUUUUUUAGGACGACCCAGAACAAUAAUUGGCAUAAUAAAUAUGAUGAUAAUUUAUCUAGUACUAGUUGGAUAGAGAAAUGGAAUGAAACCCAUCAACAGAUUAGGCCUAAACCGCCUGGGGCCGUGUUGGAUUAUCGAAAUAGUGAGAGUGGGAAUCAGCCUAGGUCAAGUUAUGCUAAUAGAAAUGGUGGUGAUAAUAAUAGUGGUGGUAGUACAAUGGAGAGGAUUGUGGAGAAAUUGAAGAAAUUUGGGUACAUGGAUGAUGUUGGUAGUGAGGGGAAAGAGGAUAAGGGGGAGAGAGUGAUUGAAAAAGGGUCUGUGGAGGAUAUAUUUUAUGUUGAGGAAGGAAUGUUGCCUAAUCCGAGGGGCGGGUUUUCGCCGGAUUCUCCGUUGGGAGUGGAGGGUGUGUUUGGAGGUAAUGGUGGUGAGGUGAGGUUUCCGUGGGAGAAGCCGAAGGAGAAAGUAGAGAAAGAAGGCGGUUCGAUGAGGAGGAGAAGUAAGACUUCGUUGGCGGAACUGACUCUUCCGGAGUCGGAGUUGAGGAGGUUGAGGAAUUUGACGUUUCAGAAGAAGCACAAGACUAGGAUUGGGGGUGCAGGUGUUACACAAGAGGUUGUGGACAUGAUUCAUGAGCGAUGGAAGACAUUGGAGAUUGUGCGGCUGAAAAUUGAAGGUGCGCCUGCGCUUAAUAUGAAGAGAAUGCACGAGAUAUUAGAGCGAAAAACUGGUGGGUUGGUGGUAUGGAGGUCUGGCACAUCCCUUUCUUUAUACAGAGGUGUGAGCUAUCAGGUUCCUUCAUUGGAACUGAAAAAACGGUUAUACAAAAAACCUGAAAUAUCUUCUAUACAAACUGUUGGUGAUAAAUCUACUAGAGAUCUAGCCAAAUUUGCUCCGGAUACAAAUACGGAUACAGCCAUAGAGAAGUCAGAAUCUCCUUCCCAGGAGAAGAAAGAUGUGGAACGGUCACCUGAAGUGAAGUACGAAGAUGAAAUAGACAAAAUUUUGGAUGGCCUGGGUCCUAGGUAUGAAGAUUGGCCAGGAUCCGAUAUAUCCCCGGUGGAUGCAGAUAUGCUUCCAAGCAUAGUUCCUGGUUACCAACCACCCUUUAGAAUACUUCCUUUUGGGGUGCGACCUUCUCUAGGUCCGAAGGAGGCAACAUCUUUACGAAGGCUUGCAAGGGUUCUUCCACCACAUUUUGCCGUAGGUAGAAACCGGCAGCUCCAAGGUCUAGCUGUGGCCAUGAUCAACUUAUGGGAAAAAAGUUUGAUUGCAAAGAUUGCACUCAAACGUGGUGUGCAGCUGACUACUAGUGAGAGAAUGGUUGAAGAAAUCAAGAAAUUGACAGGGGGCGUGCUUCUCUCUCGAAAUAAGGACUUCUUAGUCUUCUACCGGGGAAAAAAUUUUCUGUCUCCUGAAGUCACCAAGGCAUUACUAGAAAGGGAGAGAUUGGCAAAAUCCCUACAAGAUGAGGAGGAGCAAGCUCGUUUGAGAGCAUCUGCCAUAAUUGUACCACGUACUGAAGUGACUGAACAACCUGGAAGUGCCGGUACGCUUGGAGAAACAUUGGAUGCAAAUGCUAAAUGGGGAAAGAGGUUGGAUAAUCGUCACAAGAAAGAAGUGAUGCGGCAAGCAGAGAUAUCAAGGCAUGCUAAUUUGGUCAGAAAGCUUGAGAAGAAGCUUGCUUUUAGUGAACGAAAGCUAAUGAAGGCUGAGCGAGCCUUGGCUAAGGUAGAGCAAUUUUUGCAACCGGCAAAUCGGCAAGCAGAUCCAGAAAGCAUAACCAAUGAGGAGAGGUUUAUGUUCCGUAAGCUUGGGUUGAGGAUGAAAGCAUUCUUACUUCUUGGUAGACGUGGGGUAUUUGAUGGUACUGUAGAAAACAUGCAUUUGCAUUGGAAAUACCGGGAGUUGAUUAAGAUAGUCGUCAAUGCUAGAACUUUUGACCAGGUCAGAAAAGUCGCUUUAGCACUUGAAGCUGAGAGUGGAGGCGUUCUGGUUUCAGUAGACAAAAUUUCCAAAAAGAAAUUUGCUAUAAUUGUAUUCCGGGGAAAGGACUAUCAGCGGCCUUCCACAUUGCGGCCAAAGAAUCUUUUAACAAAGAGGAAGGCUUUGGCGCGCUCAAUUGAGCUUCAGAGGCAGGAGGCUCUCCUGAAACAUAUUUCAGCUGUGCAAAGUAAAGUGGACAGAUUCAGAUCUGAACUUGAGCAAAUGGCAAUAGUCGAGGACCAAGGAGAUGAAGCUUUAUAUGAUAAGUUGGAUUUUGAUUAUCCCACUUCGGACGAGGAGGAUGAGGAAUCAGAGGAAGAAGGAGACGAGGCUUAUCUCGAGACUUACGGAAGUGAAAGUGACGGUGAAGACGAAAGCGACGACCUAAUUCGCAAUCUCUACCAGGACCAGGACGAGAAGCCUCAAACAGAAACUGAAGUUCCUGAACAGCAUUUACUAGAAGUAGAUGGUUCUCUGAGUGGAGAUGACAAAAAUGAGCAAGAAGAUCUCCUUUUACGCUACUGAUUCCCUUGUAAAAACUAAGUUCACUAAAUCACAAAAG